AUGGAAACUCGCAACAGUAAAGCAAAGGUUGCUGUAGGGACUCUGUUUUUCUUUUCUCCAGUUGAUGGAGGACCCUGCGCUGUGGUGGAGGUGAGCCCAGACAUCCACAUCUGCGGCUUCUGCAAACAGCAGUACAAUAAUUAUGAGGUUUUUCUCGCACACAAGAAAAACGGAUGCUCUCUUCCGUCUCACGCUUCGGCCAGCUCUGCUCCAGCUUCCCUGACAGAUUCCAACUCCGGGUUUGUCAUUGAGGAUUCCUACCAGGUCUGUGUGAUGAAAGGCGUCAAGAAGUCUCUGACCAAAUCCCAGAAAGCUCCAUCCAAGAAACUAAAACCAGCGCUGGCUUCAAAAAGACACUCCUGCUGUUUCUCAGGUUGCAAUUUUAAGACCCAGUAUGGCCAGAAAGACAUGGAGCGACACCUGAAGACUCACACCGGAGAGAAGCCGUUCGAAUGCGAGCUGUGCCACAAGCGCUUCAGUCGGCGGGACAAGCUCAACAUGCACAGCCGCUCUCACACGGGCGAGAGGCCUCACAAGUGUAAGCACUGCUCCUACGCGGCGGCGGACAGCAGCAGCCUGAAGAAGCACCUCCGGAUCCACUACGACGAGCGGCCGUUCAAAUGCCAGAUCUGCCCUUACGCCAGCCGCAACUCCAGCCAGCUCACCGUGCACCUGCGCUCUCACACAGGAGACGCACCCUUCCAGUGUCAGCAGUGUGACGCCAAAUUCAAGAUCAACUCGGACCUCAAGAGGCACCUCCGUAUUCACUCGGGUGAAAAGCCCUACAAGUGUGACUUCUGCGACUACUGCUGCGCCAUGAAGGGAAACCUGAAGUCUCACACUCGGAUCAAACACGGCACAGAGAACUUGUAUCAGUGCGAGCAGUGCGACUACAAGUCCGCCAGCAGGCUGGCGCUGAGGCAGCACGCCAGGCAGCACCUGCCCAGCCGACCCUUUCAGUGCUCCAAGUGUUCGUACUCGUGCUCCGGGAAGGGGGCGCUCCGAGUCCAUGAGCGGAUCCACUCGGAGGAGCGGCCCUUCCGAUGUGACCUGUGCAGUUUCGCCUCCAAGCGACUCAGCUACCUGAUCAGCCACAGGGAGCAGUGCCACCCGGACAAGGCCGCCAAGGGGGGGGUCCGGAUGGCCCGCAGAAAAGGGCCCAACUCCCCCAACCCCGCCUGCUCCCGCUACCGGGCCAAGCUGGACGCCGCCCGAGUCUUCCACUGCGACCUGUGCGACGCCUCGUUUGUGAGGGAGGACUCGCUGCGCAGCCACAAGAAGCAGCACAGAGACGCCCAGAAGGCGCCGCAGGUCCCCGGCUCGCCGGACGCCGUCGCUCUGCUUCCUGUUACGGUGGCUCAGAGCGAGGUUCCUUUCCCGUCUUACGGUAACGCGCAAAUCAAAAUCCUGGUCCCGCAGCCUUUGAUGCAGCACGGCUCCCUAAUCGCCGCCGACGAGGACGGAAGCGGCAAAACCAAAAUGGUUUUUCUGGACGCGGAAAGCCAGGAUGAGGUCGUCAGUCCCGUCAUCCAACAAGUCAACCUCGUGGCGGCGGUUCAGCGUAGCACCGUCGGCACCGAACCUCAGGCUGUGCUGCUGACCAAUCUGAGCUCAGACAGUAGCCCCGCCCCCCAGGAGCCCAGCAGCAGCAGGCAGACUCUGAUCACCUACAGCUCAGACCUGGACGGCGUCUGCACCUUCAUCCCCGAUGGCGGCGCUGAGCUCAGAGUGGUGGCCAAGAGGAGCUCCCUGUUGCCUCCGGCCGACGUCGCCGCAUCUCAGGCUGCCGGAGCCGGACAGGAAGCUGCCCUGGUGGUGGGCGGCCAGAACGUGGUCAUCCAGAGCGUUCCGCUGAUAGUGUGCGCUCAGCCACAGCAGGGCGCCGUGGAGCAGCUCACUCCACAUGGACUCUACGCAGAAGCGAACGGAGCGGGGAGCUCGCCGCAAUGACCCGAGGGUCAGCCUAACUAUCGGUUACUGGUUCAGACUCAGAUUAUUUAUUUGAACCAGCAACAGACUGGUGCACCAGUUUGAGUUGAUUGUGGAUUAUUUUGCUUCCAUCCAUUCCGAGAAAAAUCUGUAAUAUUUUCAGAUUGUUUUUUUAUUUAUUUCUCUUUUUUAGAUUGAAUUUCACGGACUGCAGUCUUCUCUGCUGGGGGCGGGAUUCUGUCUGGAGCGCGAAACAAAGACGCUUUUCAUUUGGUCUGCUGGAUGUUAGCGUUUAUAUUAGGGCUGAAACAAACGAUUAUUGAAAUAAUUAACAACUAAUUUAGUAAUCCAUUAAUCAUUACCUGGAGUAUAAAGACUCUAAAAAUCAAAUUUAGCUGACAGAGGAACCCAAUUAGAGCAGCAAUGAUACCAAAAUAAAAACAAAAUGUGUAAAAAUUAAAGAUAAAAUAAUUUUUUCGCCGUCAAUAAGUUCUAGCCAGAACUCAAGUGGAAUAGCUUUUAUUUUUACUUGGUUUCAUUUAGCAAAAACUCUUCUUUAAUUAUUAAACGAUGAAUCGAAAAAUAAUUCAUAGAUUAAUCAAUUUGCAAAAUAAUCAUUAGUUUUCGCCAUUGUUUGUAGUUAAGAGAAUGUGAUCAUGAAAAGUUCCCAUGUCAGAAGAUGAAGCGAGCACAUCCAGCCAGUCACAGUCAGAGAAACAGGACUACACUGGAAAAACAGCUCA